UUCAUAUUCCUGUUGUUCACUGAGACUCAAAUGGAAGAAAAGGUUGGUGAUGAUGCAAACAGAAAACACUAUGGGAGUGCCUUGUGUUGGUGGUUAACCGUUUCCGUGGUAGCUAUCUUCGUAGUUGGUGCUGGUGUUUUUACUAUACUCACCAAGUUUCAUCACCAUUCUCGUUCACCUCAACUCUCCGACAUCAAUCCCAAAUAUGUCUCUUCUCUUGAAUUAGCCCUUCAGUUUUUCGACGUCCAAAAAUCUGGUAAGGUGAAGAAUAAUCGGGUUUGGUGGAGAGGGGAUUCCGGGCUAAAAGAUGGGAGAGAAGAGAAUUUGGAUUUGUCUAAAGGAAUGUAUGAUGCUGGUGAUCUUGUGAAGUUUGGGUUUCCAAUGGCUUUUACUGCUACAGUUUUGUCUUGGGCUAUUCUUGAAUAUGGACAUCAUAUGGAUGCAGGGAAGCAGCUAGACUAUGCACUGGAUUCUCUCAAGUGGAUCACUGACUAUCUUGUUAAUGCUCAUCCUUUUGCUGAUAUCCUUUACAUUCAGGUAGGGGAUCCUGAGGUGGACCACAAUUGCUGGGAAAGACCUGAAAACAUGACAGAGAAAAGACCAGUCAUUCAAGUUAACUCAUCUUUCCCCGGAACAGAAGUUGCAGCCGAAACAGCAGCUGCACUAGCCUCGGCGUCUCUAGUUUUUAAGGAAAUUAAUCUCACUUACUCUCAGAUUCUCCUUGAACAUGCUCAGCAACUGUUUACUUUUGCUGAUACAUACAAAGUUUCCUACAGUGUCAGUGUUCCUCAAGUUGGAAAAUACUAUAACUCAUCUGGUUAUGAGGAUGAACUUUUAUGGGCAGGUAGUUGGCUUUAUCAUGCAACAAAGGACCCAUCAUACCUGAAUUAUGUGAAAGAGAAGAAUGAGAAUGAAUUUGGAAGUUUAGGAAGUGUAUCUUGGUUUAGUUGGGAUGAUAAGCAUGCUGCAACUCAGGUUCUUUUGUCCAGAGUAAACUUCUUUGGGGCUAGAGAUGUCCCAGAUGCAGAGAACCUUGACCUUCAAAAGUAUAGAGAAACCGCUGAAAUACUGAUGUGCAAGCUUCUACCCGAUUCACCAACAGCCACAACCAACAGAACCAAAAGUAGCAUUCCUUUCUUCCUUAAACCAUUUUUUCAGUCCAUGUGGAUUGAUUUGGGUGGUACCGUGGAACCCUUUGCAACACUCGGUAGCUUCUGCGUUCUUAGCUGUUCUUUAUAG